ACACAGAAAUUAAAACAUGUCGAUUCAAAUAGGCUCGUCGAUCCCUUUAGUGGUCGAGAAGAGGGUCACCGAAAUGGUGAAACCCUCAAAACACAUACCUCAACAAACUCUUUCCCUUUCAACACUUGACAAUGAUUCUUACAAUGACGUCAUUUACAAGUUAUGUUACGUUUUCAAUGCCAAGAACGUUGUUGAUGAUGAUGAUGAUGAUGCAAGCGCCGAAUCUCUGCUUAGGGAGGCUUUGUCCGAUCUUCUUGUGUAUUACUAUCCACUGUCAGGGAGUUUGAAGCGGCAGGAGACUGACAGGAAGCUUCAAUUGAGCUGUGGUGGCGACGAAGGUGGUGUGCCUUUCACGGUGGCUACUUCUGAAAAUGUGGAGCUCUCUUCUUUGAAUAAUCUGGAGAACAUUGACUCAGACACGGCCUUGAAGUUCUUGCCUGAACUUCACGUGGAGAACGAUGGUUAUCGACCUUUUGCUUUGCAGGUAACCAAAUUUGGGUGUGGAGGAUUCGUGUUAGGCAUGGCCAUGUCACAUGCAAUGUGCGAUGGAUAUGGAGAAGGUCAUAUCAUGUGUGCCUUAACGGAAUUGGCCGGCGGUAAGAAGAAACCAGCGUUGACGCCGGUUUGGGAAAGAGAAAGACUUGUGGGGAAGCCGGAAGACGAUGAUCAACCUCCGUUUCUUCCCGACGGCGAGACAGCCGCUUCGCCCUACUUACCAACGGAUGAUUGGGUAACUGAAAAAAUAAAUAUUAGAGCUGAUAGCAUAAAAAGAUUGAAAGAAGUUACAUUGAAAGAGCACGACUUCUCCAAUGACACAAUCACUACUUUCGAAGUUAUAGGAGCUUAUUUGUGGAAGUCAAGAGUUAAAGCUCUCAAUUUGGAUCGAGAUGGAGUCACUGUUUUGGGUUUAUCAGUAGGAAUCCGCGACGUUGUGGAUCCACCUUUGCCCGAUGGAUACUACGGUAAUGCAUAUAUCGAUAUGUACGUGCCAUUAACUGCAAGAGAAGUGGAAGAAUCUCCGAUCUCAGAUAUCGUAAAUCUCAUAAAAGAAGCCAAGAGAAAGGCCUGCGAUCAAGAUUAUCUCCAAGAAGAGCUUGCAAACACUGAAAAAAUCAUUAAGAUGAAUUUAACGAUCAAAGGAAAAAAAGAUGGGUUGUUUUGUUUGACGGAUUGGAGGAAUAUCGGGAUCUUUGGAUCAAUGGAUUUUGGAUGGAAUGAGCCGGUGAAUGUUGUCCCAGUGGUCCCACCGGAGACAGCUAGGAUGGUUAAUAUGUUCAUGCGACCAUCUAGGUUGGAACCGGCCCAUAUGGUUGGAGGGGUUCAGAUUGUGGUUACAUUGCCAAGAAUUGCAAUGGUUAAGUUCAAGGAGGAGAUGAAAGCUUUAGAGUAAAGCUUAUUUUUAUCUUUUAUUGUGUUCAAAAAUCAUAAAAGAAUAUAACUGAAUAAAUUGAAAAUACAAAGUGUGCACAUUUAUUGUUUUUAACAUUCUUAAUUUAAUUCUAGUUAGUUACUUUAAGAAUGAUAAUAAAACUUAUUACAAGAUGGAAAAAUAGAGAAUGCAGUUUUCUUUUUUGUUAACAUCAUACAAAUGGUGACAAAGUUUUUGAUUGUGCAGGAAAAGCAAUUUAUAGUUCGAUAAGAUUUAAUUGUGGUACAUGCAGGAGAAAUAUAAUUGUGGGACAACUGCAGAUAAU